UGCUCUGUAUUUUAUACCAUAUUACACUAUAUAAUAUAAAAUCAAUCAACGUCAUAAUUUUAAUAACGGCUGAAUGCAAUAAGUCUGACAUUAUUAUCUUUUUUAGCAAAUUUCCAUGUUGUAUCUUCUCAUAAUUUUUGUAAAAAAUGUUAUUACAAAUAGAAUAAGAAUUUGUAAUAAAACAUAUCGAUAAAAAAUUGUAUCGUAUUAUAAACGCUUCCGGAUGUAUAUUAUACGGUUAUGAUGCAUCGUUAAAAUUGUACUCUAGUGUGAUCUGUAUUGACAUUAUGCAUUAACUACCGUUUUAUUAAAUUAUUAUACUUUAUAUAAAAAAAAAUGGGAGAUGACUGCAACGUAACAAUAAAAGAGACAUUCCAAGAACCUCGAAAACGAUUUUGGCUGAGAUCAAGAAAACGACCAAAGAGUGAUGUGGUCAGUGUUAACUCCAUGGAUAUAUCUAUAGAAUCGGAUGCUGGAAAAAAGAAAAAACGACGUAGAAUUACAGAAGUAGCCAGUAGUAUAUUUUCUUCUAGCACUUUGAGUAUAAAAGUUGGAAACACUCUUCAUAGAUCAUUUAGCAUUCAACAAAAUACAGAUGAUUUUUCAUUUACUGAUGAAGAUGCACAUACUAAUACAAUAAAAAAAAAACGGAGAAACAGUUCAAGUGGUACAAAUAAUUUUACACUUAGAAGUUGGUUGCUAGAUAUAGCAAAUGCAAAUAUUAAAGAGACAUUAAAUAGCACUUUAGGUCAAAAAGAAGUAAAAAGACAAGAGGCUAUUUAUGAAUUAUGUUGUGGAGAAAACUUACUUCUUGAUGAACUGACCAUUCUUCGUGAUCAUUAUUAUGAACCAUUGAUAUCUAGUAAUAUAUUCAGUCCAGAUGAAAUACGUACACUUUUUAGCGACCUUACAAAUCUUAUUGAAAUUCACAGUAAUUUACGAGAUGAAUUAAUCAAUCUACGAGAUUGUUCAGGAUUUACAGACAAUGUAGGUGCUACAAUAUUCAAUUGGCUACCAAAAUUAACAGAACCUUAUCUAGAAAGAUGUAGAACACAAGUAUGGGCAAGACAUUUACUUGAAGAAAAGAAAGCAACUAAUAAACGUUUUCAGGUAUUUUUAAAAAGAAGAUUAGGAUCACCUCAUUCUCUUGACUUAUGGGCUUACUUAGACGUACCACGAUCAAGAAUAGUUAAAUAUCCUUUGUUAAUAAAGGAAAUAUUAAGACAUACUACUGUUGAUCAUUCAGAUCAAAUUCCUUUAAAGGAAUCAAUUAAUAAACUCACAGAAUUACUUCAGAACAUUGAUAAAGCUAUGGGAAAAGCUGAAUGUAAAUUAGCUCAAACAAAAAUCAAUAUAAAAAAUGAAUAUGAUUUAACUGAAUGUAUCAAUAAUGCUACAGAAUUGAUUACAGAAGGACAAUUAAAAGACCCAAGAGGAAUGAAACUUCAUUGCUUUCUUUUCGAUACGUGUUUUGCUAUGACACGUUCUACAAGACGUAUACCUAAAAAAUAUAAUUUAUCUUCUCCUGUUAUACCAAGAGAGCAAAUAUCAUUAUAUGCUGAACAGAAGAAUUGUACAGAUUUUGGCUUCAAAAUAGGUGAUUACUUUCUCGUAUCAGAAGAUAAACAUGGUAAACGGCAUUGGACUGACGCAUGCAAUAAAAUUAUUAAUUCUUUAAAUACUAAAGAAAAUAAUGGAAAUGAAAAUAAACCGAAUUUAAUACUGCCAACACCUAAUCGGUCUAUACGAAAAUCAGGAAAUAGUACAUAUGAAAACUUUACCUUUUCCUUAAAAAAAAAUGUUUUAAAACAAAAACAUAAUAGUAUUUCUUUUGAUAAAUAAUAUAAAAUUAUAACUACAAUUGCACACUACAUACAAAUAAGUCUUUUACAAUUAUUUUAUUUUAAUACAAGUAAUUGUUUUUAUGUAAUUUUAAUGUGUACUUUAAACACUUGUAUAAUAGUAUUAAAUGUAUAUUUACAUGGAAAAUACUGCUACAAGUACUUACAUUAGUACUUAUAAUUUUUCAAUUCAAACUGAUGUAUGUAUUUUAUAUUAAAUUACUUGUGAAUUGUUUUGUGAUAGAAUCAUUCCACUAUUCUGUAUUAAUAUAAU